AGAGUCAGAAGUUUGAAUGAGAGAAAGACGGACAGAACCGAUGGACAAACAAACACAACUUUAAAGAUUUCAGCACAGCUUUAGCUUUAUUAAAGUAGAUCAUUAGUUGAGUUACUUUAGUUUGAGCGAUGAUGGAGAUGAGGAUGAAGAUGCUGUGGCUGUUAGCGCUGGUUUUCUCCUCAGUGAUUUGUGUGGAGGCUCAGCAGAGAGGUUUGUUUCCUGCAAUCUUGAAUCUCGCCAGCAAUGCCGAAAUCAGCACCAACGCCACCUGUGGCGAUCCCGAUCCCGAGAUGUUCUGCAAACUGGUGGAGCACGUUCCUGGAAGACGGAUCCGCAACCCGCAGUGUCGCAUCUGUGACGCAAACAGCCAGAAUCCCAAAGAGCAACAUCCAAUUACUAACGCCAUUGAUGGAACCAACCUGUGGUGGCAGAGUCCGAGCAUCAAGAACGGCCGUCAGUUCCACUGGGUCACAGUCACGCUGGACCUGCGACAGGUGUUCCAGGUGGCGUACAUCAUCAUUAAAGCAGCAAACUCUCCUCGACCUGGAAACUGGAUUCUGGAGCGUUCCCUGGACGGCGUGAACUUCCAGCCGUGGCAGUUUUACGCCAUUAGCGAUACUGAGUGUUUGACGCGCUACAACAUCACACCGCGCAUCGGCCCGCCGACGUACAAGAGAGACGACGAGGUGAUCUGCACAUCGUACUACUCUCGCCUGGUGCCGCUGGAGCAUGGAGAGAUCCACACGUCUCUGAUUAACGGCCGUCCCAGCGCUGACGAUCUGACACCGGAGCUGCUGGAGUUUACAUCGGCGCGGUUUAUACGCCUGCGCCUGCAGAGGAUCCGGACGCUCAACGCAGACCUGAUGACCCUCAGUUACCGAGACCCCAAAGACGUGGACCCCAUCGUCACCCGACGGUAUUAUUACUCCAUCAAGGACAUCUCAGUGGGCGGGAUGUGCAUCUGCUAUGGCCACGCCCAGAGCUGCCCCUGGGACCCUGUUACCAAGAAGCUGCAGUGUGUGUGUGAACACAACACUUGUGGUGAGAGCUGUAAUGAGUGUUGUCCUGGAUACCAUCAGGAGCCAUGGCAGCCGGGAACGCUCUCCGACGGCAACACUUGCGAGAAGUGUAAUUGUCACAACAAAGCCGACGACUGUUUCUACAACCAGACGGUGGCGGAUCUGAAGCUGAGCAUGAACACACACGGCCAGUUCACAGGAGGAGGAGUGUGUGUGAACUGCAGACACAAUACAGCGGGAGUGAACUGUGAGACCUGUGCGGACGGAUACUACAGACCCCACCAGGUGUCUCCGUAUGCAGAAGAGCCGUGUGUGGAGUGUCAGUGUGAUAUGAGGGGUUCAGUGAGUCCUGUGUGCAUCAGAGAUGAUAAUCACGCAAACCCAGACGCAGGUCUGUCUCCAGGUCAGUGUGUGUGUAAGGAGGGUUUUGCGGGAGAGAAGUGUGACCGCUGUGCGUUCGGCUUCAGAGAUUUCCCGGUGUGUUCUCGCUGCGAGUGUAGCCUGGAUGGGAGCCACAACACCGAUCCCUGUAUGGAGUGUGUGUGCAAGGCGAAUGUGAUGGGCUCUCACUGUGACCUGUGUAAGCAGGGCUUCUAUAACCUGCAGGCCAGCAAUCCUGAAGGCUGCACCGAGUGUUUCUGCUUCGGUGUGUCAGAUGUGUGUGAGAGCUCCACCUGGUUCAGCAGCUCGGUGGUGCACAGAGACGGCGUCCUCCAUCGCCUGCACCAGACCUCCAUCAGCUUCUGGUCUCCAGUUUCUGAUGAAAACCUGAUCAUCUCCAACAGAUCCACAGAUGCAGACCCCUCCUCUGUGUGGACAUGGGCCGCUCCGGAGCCUUUCCUCAAUAACAAGCUGACGUCAUAUGGAAGCUUCUUGAACUACAGUGUGGCGUAUGACACUUCUGAGGAGAACGUGGACAAAACACUGCGCUCACACUUCAGCGUAAUUAUUGAGGGUAACGGGCGCACGCUGAGGCAGGCGCAGUCGGCUCGUCUGCUGCUGAACGCUCACACACACCAGCGUGUGUUUGUGCAGAUGCUUCCGCAGAUCUUCAUAGACUCACACAGCGGCAGGAGCGUGCAGAGAGACGAGCUGAUGACGGUGCUGGCGGACGUUGCUGCGCUCAGGGUUCGAGCCGAGCUGGAGGACAGCGCUGAGGGAACGCUCAGGUUGAGUCACGUGUCUUUAGGUGUUGGAGACUCAAACUCCGAUGUGUCUAAAAUCUCUCUAGAUGUGGAGCACUGUGAGUGUCCGUGGGGGUAUUCAGGCACUUCCUGUGAGUUGUGUAUUCCUGGCUUUUAUCGGGUCGGUGGGAUUUUGUUCGGAGGAAACUGUCUCCCGUGCGAGUGUAACGAUCACGCGACGGAGUGUGACAUCAAUGGAGAGUGUCUGGGCUGUGCGCACAACACCACGGGGCCUCACUGUGAUCAGUGCCUGCCGGGUUUCUAUGGUGACGCGAGCGAGGGGACGCCGGACGACUGCCAGAGAUGCUCCUGCCCGCUGACACUGGCGUCAAACAAUUUCAGCCCCACGUGUCAGCUGCAGGCUCCCGGUGAAUUCAUCUGUGAUCAGUGCCAGCCUGGAUACACCGGAGACAAGUGCCAGAGGUGUGCUGAUGGGUAUUUUGGUGAGCCGGCGGUCCCUGGUCAGCGCUGCUCCCCCUGUGAGUGUAACGGGAAUGUGGACCCAUCUGAAGCGGGACGCUGCGACACCCACACUGGGGAGUGUCUGAAGUGUGUAGGGCAUACGGCCGGGCCACACUGCGAACGCUGCCGGGACGGAUAUUAUGGAGACGCCAUCCAAGAGAAGAACUGCCAGGCCUGUGGUUGUUAUAGUAACGGCUCUCUGUCCACCAUCUGUAACCUGAUCACGGGUCAGUGUGAAUGUAAACACAAUGUGGUCGGAAAAACCUGCGACCGCUGCCAGGAGGGUUAUCACGGUAUUAACAGUGGUGAAGGCUGCAGACCGUGUGAAUGUAACCAAUCAGGCGCUCUGUCUGCGUCAUGUGAUGAGGAGGGGCGGUGCCAGUGCAUAACUGGGGUAACGGGUGACAAAUGUGAUCGAUGUCACCAUGGAUACUACAACUUCAAAGAGAACGGAUGCACAGCAUGCGACUGCGCACACACUCAUGGGAACUGCAACGAUCAGACGGGCGAGUGUAUCUGUCCUCCACACACACACGGGCUGAAGUGUGAACAGUGUGAUGAAGGUCACUGGGGUCACGACGGAGUGUCCGGCUGUAAGGUGUGUAACUGCAGUGCUGUGGGCUCCAGCUCGUCUCAGUGUGAUCUGUCCUCGGGUCAGUGUGUGUGUGCGCUGCAGUUCUCCGGCCUCACAUGCGACCGGUGCGCUUUAGGCUACAGAAACUUCCCACAAUGCUCUGCCUGCGACUGCAACCCGAACGGCACGCGUGCGCAGUUCUGUGACGAGGCACUAGGAGUGUGUGGCUGCGAGGAUCACGGGCAGUGUUCCUGCAAGGAUAAUGUGGGCGGCAGAGGCUGUGACGAGUGUAAGAGCGGCUCCUUCGGGCUCUCGGCCCUCAAUCCGGCCGGCUGCAGCCCCUGCUUCUGCUUUGGCCUUUCAGACGUGUGUGAGGAGCUGAGCGGAUUGGUGCGCGCGCCGAUUGUUCUGGGUUCAUCUCCGGCUCUGCUGCGUGUAGUGUCUCAGAGUGACCUGCAGGGGACGCUGGAGGGCGUUUAUUACAGCGAUGACGAGAUGCUGCUGGACGUGGAUCAGCUCAACAAACUCUCUCUCCUCACCGGACCGUAUUACUGGAGACUCCCACAGAAAUACAACGGCAACAAGCUGCUGUCGUAUGGAGGAAGACUCUCCUACACCCUCACCUUCUUCGCUCAGGACGGCGUGGGAUUGGCCAAUCAGGAGCCUCAGGUGCUGUUGAGAGGAGGACACCUGCGUAAGCUGGUCAUCUACACUGAUGCUAGCGCUCCUGCUAACGGCAUCCGCAGCACACAGGAGCACGCCCUCACCGAGCACAAGUGGAAAUACUUCAACUCAGUGUCUGAUGAAGCCGUGAGCCACGCUGACUUCAUGUCUGUGCUGAGUAACCUGGAGUACGUCAUCAUUAAAGCCUCGUACGGGUCCGGACUGCAGCAGAGCAGGAUCUCCAACAUCUCCAUGGAAACGGCACUGGAGGCAGAUGAGCUUCCUGAAGGUGGAGAUGUGGCGCGGUUGGUGGAGAUCUGUGAGUGUCCGCCGGGAUACGCUGGACUGUCCUGCCAGGAGUGUGCUCCAGGAUAUUACCGGCAGGCUGUAUCUGAGCUCAACAUGAAGGGCAGAAAUCGGCCGCUCAUUCAGCCCUGUGUGCCCUGCAGAUGCAGCAACCACAGCCAGUCAUGUGACCUGCACACCGGCCAAUGCCUGGGCUGUCAGCACAACACCGCUGGAGAACACUGCCAUGUUUGCGCUGCAGGGUAUUAUGGGAAGGUGCAGGGGUCGGUCAGUGACUGCUCUCUGUGUACCUGCCCACUGCGGGGUCAAAGUUUCAGCUCAACAUGUGUGUUAGAAGGUGCUGGAGACUUCCGCUGCGACCGCUGUGAGGAGGGAUAUGAGGGACGAUACUGUGAGAGGUGUGCAGUGGGGUAUUUCGGGAACCCGUCGGAGCCGGGUGGCCGCUGUCAGGUGUGUGCGUGCAGUGAGUCGGGCUCAGUGCACAGUGUGUGUGACGCACACACAGGCCGCUGUGAGUGUAAACCUGGGGUCAGAGGUCACCUGUGUGACCAGUGUGAGGAGAGGCAUGUGCUGGUCCACGAGCAGUGUGUGUCAUGUAAUGACUCCUGCACUGGUGUUUUGCUGGAUGAUCUGGAUGCUUUAGACGUGUCCAUCACAUCUGUGAACCUGACGGGUGUCAUUCUGGCCCCGUACAGCCAGCUGAUGACCAUCCAGAACCAGACCCGAGAGCUCACGAGCCUGAUGUCGUGGAACCAAACUCCAGAUUAUCAGCUGACCGCUGGAGAAGAACACUCGAGGAACCUGAGCGGUCAGAUCACUGACCUUCAGCAGCAGGUCCAGAGUGUGUUUGAAGACAGUGGUGAUGUGCUGCUGACCUCAGAGCAGAGAUUUACUCAAGGGAAACAACUGCUGGAGCUCAUCAACAACAUUCACUCUGCCAUCCACGGUCUGGUGGAGCAGGUGAGUUCAGUGAACGUGACUCUGGAUGAAGGUCUGGAUGAAGCCAACAGCACAUUCCUGCUGGAGGAGACCAGCGAAACCCUGGAGAAAAUCAGGAGCUUUAAUCUGACGCACUGCAGGAACGCUGCGGAGAUCCAGCUCAGCUCUGCAGUGUCUGUGCUGGAAAAGGUCGAGGAUGAGAUUUCAAAGCCUUACAGAAAUAACCAGAUCAGACGGGAAAACAUCUCCACAACACUCAACACACACAACCUGAAUCUCCAGCAGGUCCAGGAGAGCCUAAACACGGCUAAAACGCACAACAACCAGAGCCGACGCCUGCUCCAGGACAUCCAGAGCAACACACACACACUCACCAUUUCCAGGAACAAUGUCAGCAGUCUGAACCAUGAAGUAGAAACACAAGUACAGGAAGCUCAAGACCUGCUGACCGACGCCCUCAAUAUUGCAGAAGACAUGGACAACGGGACGACAACUCUGGAUGAGCUGAAGAAUGAUCUGGAAUUGUGGAGUCCGUCUCUCAGGAAGCAUGUGGACUCUUUAGUCAUGGAUUUGACCAAAAGAGAUGCUCUUCAGCUGGUUUACAGGGCUGAGGAUCACGCACAAGCUCUCAGCAAACAAGCACAAGCCCUGAACAGUUCUCUGUCUGAGGUCAGCUCUGCAUCAGUUAACAUCUCCAUCGCCACCCGAACCAAUGCCAACAUCAGAGAAAACAUACAGCUGGCGGCAGAUCUGGCCCUCGCAGCCAAUCAGAACGCAAGCUCCGCCCUCAAUAUGACGUCACUGACGGAGCAGGAGAAGAGGAGGCUGCAGAAGAGCUCAGAGAUUCUGGACAGAGCUGCACUUCUGAAAAACCACACCGACGGCCUCAUGCAGAAUGUCAGUGCAGUGACCAGCAGGUUGAGUCUGGUUGCAGCAAACAUCCAGAACUUCACACAGAUGCUCCCAGAAGCCCUCACCAUCCUCAGAAACCUUCCUGAAGGCAGCAGAGCUGAAAUCCUGCAGGUGAAGCAGCAGACAGAAGCAGCGAAUGCGUCUUUACAGGAAGCUCUGGAGCGCUUGCGGGAUUAUCGCCUAAAGCUGGACGAGUCUUCAUCAGCUCUGGGGUCAGCCGAUAACAGCACACAGAGGACCAAUCAGCUGCUCAGAGACUCACAGGACACCGCAAACGCUGCUGGAUCCCGCCUGAGCGAGGCUGAUGUGAAAGCUGAUCGUCUGCUGGAGCGUCUGAAGCCUCUGCAGACUCUGGGAGAAACGCUGAGCAGAAACCUGUCCGACAUCAGAGAACUCAUCAGUCAGGCACGCAAACAGGCUGCAUCGAUUAAAGUGGCCGUCUCUGCAGACCGCAACUGUGUACGCGCGUACAGACCUGAGGUGACGUCCAGCAACUUCAACACACUCACACUGACCAUGAAGACCAGUGAACCCGACAACCUGCUCUUCUACAUGGGCAGCAGCUCCAGCGAGGAUUUCAUGGCUCUAGAAAUGCAUGAUGGGAAGGUGUCCUUUCUGUGGGACGCCGGUUCAGGACACAACAGACUGGAGUAUCCGGAUGUUCAGAUCAACAAUGAUAAAUGGCACAGGAUCAAUGCCACGCGGUUUGGGAGACACGCUACACUGACGGUUCAGCAGACGGACUCUGAGCCGCUGCCCGCCGUAAAGAGCAGCGCCGCCGGAUCUGCCACUGUGAUGGACGUCAAUAAACACACAUGGGUGUAUGUGGGCGGCCUGGGUGGACAGGUGAAGAAAUCUCCAGCAGUGAAAAUAACCCAUUUCAGAGGCUGUAUGGGUGAAGCGUUGCUCAACGAGAACAACAUCGGCUUGUGGAAUUAUGCUGAGAGACAGGGCGAGUGCGGAGGCUGCUUCAGGAGUCCUCGCACUGAAGACACCUCGUUUCACUUCGACGGCAGCGGCUUCUCUGUGGUGGAGAAAUCUCUGCGCUCCAUGUCCACCAGCGUGGUGAUGUUCUUCAAGACUCUGUCCCCCAACGGCCUUCUCCUGUAUCUGGCCUCCAACGGCACGAGAGACUUUCUGUCCAUCGAGCUGGUGGAGGGAAAGGUUCAUCUGACCUUUGAACUGGGCUCCGGAGCGCUGACCAUGACCUCCAGCAGAACAUACAACACCGGAUCCUGGUACCGAAUCGCCCUGCAGAGGAACAAGCGCAAAGGUCAUUUAUCUGUCAUGGCUGCUUCAAACCCGUCCGAGCGUGAGGUGCUGGAGGCGGAGGCUCCGGGUCAGGCUUCUGACCUCAACCGAUCCGACCUUGACCCCAUUUACAUCGGUGGAUUGCCAGCCUCUCGACCAAUCAGGAGGCAGGUUGUCGCUCGCUCUUUCGUCGGCUGCAUGAAGAACGUGGAAAUCGCACGAACAAACUUCGACCUGCUCAGAGAGGCGUACGGCGUGAAGAAAGGCUGCGUCCUCAAGCCCAUUCGCAGUGUGUCAGUGUUUGGCGGAGGGUUUCUGGAGAUGCCGGCGGUGCUGCUUUCCUCUCACACUGAAAUCAUGAGCACCUUCUCCAGCAGACGUGACAGCGGAGUCAUCCUGGCCGGAUUCAGCCGCUCAUCCAGACACACACAACAGCCGCUGUUACUGCUGCUGCUGGUGUCUGGAGGUCUGGAGCUGCGUGUGAGUGUGUCUGAUGGAGCAGCGGUGCAGAAAGCAGAACUCAGAGGAUCCUUCAGUGACGGACAUGAACACUCACUCAUCCUGCAGAGGAACAAACGGACGAUCACAGUGGUUGUGGAUGAGGGCAUCCAGGCCUCGCUGAAGCUGCCGGCGUCUGCAGAGAAAAGCCUGACUCUGGAGCGGCUCUACAUCGGCGGCGUUCCUCCAACAGAGGGAGACACACACACACUCACACCUGCCUUCUACGGCUGCAUCAGGAACACUGCGGUCGACGGCAUGUUGUUGGAUCUGUCCGCUGCGCUGCGCUACGAGCAGGUGGAUAUGGACAGCUGUUUGCUGGAGCCGCGGCCCAGACGAGUACUGCUGCCUGAUGACCCGGAGCCGACCUCUGACCCCGACACACGACCUCUGACCCCUGCAGCAGCGGAGCUGAGUGCGCUCACACCAAACAGCGGCAGCUGUGCAUCAGCGGACCACACACAGACCAUCCCAGAAUCCCACCAGUUCGGCCUGUCUCGACACAGUCACCUGAUCAUGGGCUUCAAAAACCGGACGGUCAGGACCAGUUUUGCAGUGAAGCUGUCGGUGCGCACGUUUGCUCACAGCGGCGUUCUGUUCUACAUGGCGAACACAAACCAGCAGGAUUACGCAGUUCUGCAGCUGCAGGCCGGACGACUGCAUCUGUCCUGUGACCUGGGCAAAGGAGCGGCCAGCGCCACGCUCAAAAACACCAUCAGUGAUGGACGCUGGCACACGGUGAAGGCCGAGUUCAGUAAGAAGACUGUUGUGGUCAGUGUGGACGGGAUUGAAUCUGACCACAUCUCUACUAAAGGACACACACUAGACGUCGAGGGGAAGUUGUACGUCGGUGGACUUCCUCCCACAUACACCGCCAAGAGAAUCGGAAACGUGACCCACAGUGUGGCGGCGUGUGUGCAGGAUCUGACGUUUAACGGUGUUUCAAUGAACCUGAAUAAUCCGCUGUCAUCUCACGCCACCGGUUUCUGCUUUAGCAACGCUCAGGACGGCACGUUCUUCAACGGCAGCGGAUACGCAGCUUUCAUGAAAGAGGGCUAUAAUGUGGGCUCAGACGUGACGGUGAGUCUGGAGUUCCGCUCCACGGCGCCGGAUGGUGUUUUAUUAGGAAUCAGCAGCACUAAAGUGGACGCCAUCGGCCUGGAGCUGCUCAACGGACAGGUGGUGUUUAAUGUGAAUAACGGUGCGGGCCGCAUCUCGGUGAGCAGCAGGAGCAGCGUAUCCAUGUGUGACGGACGCUGGCGCACUCUAGUGGCCAAAAAGCAGAAGCACAGCUUGAGUUUAACGGUGGACGGUGUGACGGUGAACACGGAAAACCCGCACUCCUCCUCCACAUCCGCAGAGACCAAAAACCCCAUAUAUGUGGGAGGACAUCCAGCGGAUGUAAAGCAGAAUUGUCUGAGCGUCAGGCAGUCGUUUCGUGGAUGUAUGAGGAAUCUGCGAGUGUUUAAGGGUCACAUCACCGAUGUGCUGGACUUCAGCUCUGCGUUCACACUCCUGCACGUUUCCCCUCACUCCUGCCCUGCGUAAACACACACAACAGCUGUACCUGUAGAGAUAUCAGCCCUCCUGUGUGUUUACGGCUCACUAAUGACACAUUUUACCAGCAGAAACUAAAUAUAUCAGUGAUUUUACCUUCAGCUCUGGGGACAAAAUCUGUUUUCAUGAAGACUGAACACAUUCAGGAGACACACUACUGCAACUGUCAGAACACAACUACUGGCGCACACUGACACACACACACACACACACACA